AUGAAGUACGCAUGUUGCAAAUCGACGGCAGGUGGCGCUACCGAUAGCAUUACUUGCACUAAAUGUAAUCAACAUUAUCAUUACCAAUGCCUGUACCCGUCGAAAGCUUUAUUUGAACCAAUGUUGAAUGAGGAAUCUAAGAUAACAUGGACUUGUCCGGAUUGUAUGCUGGCUUUACCAAGACAAACUGUUAAGGAUAAUACGCCAGUUCGUAGUCAGUAUUCCAAGUCCAACUCUAAACCUAAGAUCAACGAAAAUGUAACUGUGCGUAGAGGUGCGUCGGCAUCGAGUGCGCUUUCGCCGGACAAAGAUGAUGACUUGAGUUGUAAUGCUUCCUUUUUAGAUCAGGUUAAACACCUUAUUUCUUCAGAAAUCUCCUCUUUAAAAGAUGAGCUUAAGUCUUCCCUUACACCUCUUCAAAAUGAAUUAAAAUCAUUGCGUGAUGAACUAUCAUGUAUGAGGGAAAGUUUAGAAUUUGCUCAUGGCCGAUAUGACGAUUGUAACAAUAGAAUUGAUAAAUGUGAAUCAGAAAUAAAACAACUAUCUUCGAAAUGUUUAGAAUUUGGGGAUCUUAAAUCUAAAAUAGAUCUAUUAGAAUCUGAAAAUAAUAACCGCGAACAAUGGGCUCGUAAAUCCAAUAUUGAAAUAUAUGGUAUUCCUGAAAAGAACAAUGAAAACUUAUACUCAGUACUACAGAAUAUAUCCCAACUGUGUAAUUACAACUUAAAUAUUGACACUGAUAUUGAUUUUAUUACAAGAGUCGUAUCACGAGAUAAAGAUGCCAAAAAGAUUAAACCUAUUAUAGUAAGAUUCUUGUGUCGAUACAAAAAGGAUGACUUUCUUGCCAAAGUGAGAAAACUAAAAUUGAAAUGCCAUGACAUUGGAUUUCUAUCAAACAACAGUUAUAUUUACUUCAAUGACCAUCUUACAAGUUCUAAUAAAGCGCUUUUGCAACAAGUAAAAAAAAUUGCUAAAGAAAAGCAUUAUGAAUACGUUUGGGUUAGAAAAUGUAGCAUAAUGGUGCGUCGGAACAGCUCAAGUCCGGUCUUACACAUUGGGAAGACAAGUGAUUUAAAAAAGAUUGUA